CGAAUUUUCGCGAAUUCAACGUGAUGCUGGGGUGAGUAAGGCCCGCGAUGGAAUCAUCGCGAGGCUCUAAUUAGGUCGGCGAACGGAGGAAAUUCGCUCCAGCAGCGGGUCAUGUUUUUCGACGCGACCGUCGCUCGGACACGGGAAAAUCGGCGGUUGUUUUCGAAACUUUCGGCCGAUUUUCCGCGUUCCCAGCGACGGGUUUUCCCGUCACCGGACGCCCUUCGCCUCCUGUUCGACCAUCGCGGCGAUCGUUCGUCGAAAAUUUCCUCCUGUCGAUCUAAAAAGCCCAAUACAAGAUCGCCUAACAUACGUUUUCGACCAUCUUGUUUUGAGCGUUAUCCAAUGAAUUCUAUUUUUACACGUACAAUCUUUUCUCAAGGUACGAAAGUGACACUUCGGAUAUUUUUAAAUAGAUAAAAAAAUGGACACAAGAUUCGGCGACGGGUACAAGGAGAAAACCAAACGUCCCAUCAGGACUAAAAGACACAACAGGAAAGCGUUCUUCGUUGAAGAAAAGAGGCCGCCCAAGCGGCUCUUCACGCCGGAAAUCAAGCGAUUCCUGAAGGACUGGCUGGUCAGGCGCCGGGAAAACCCCUAUCCCAACAGGGACGAGAAGAAAAUGCUGGCCGUUCAAACAGGUCUAACUUACAUACAAGUGUGCAAUUGGUUCGCGAACUGGCGCAGGAAGCUGAAGAACGCCGGCAAGGAACCCCACCAGAAGACCUGGUCGGAUCUGAUAAAAACCUACAACAACCAAGUGCAAGGCAACGUGGAGCACUUCAGCAUAUGCUCGGACGAUAGCAUAUGGGAGGGAGCGGACGACGCUUCCAACUACACCAACGAUAUCUACGAUAAUCCCGCUACGAUUAACAACAACAACAACCAGAAUCAGUGCUACUACAUCAGCUCGACGACGCCGGGCGAUCAGGAGAACCCGUUCGCGCAGAACAAAUACAAGAGCCACAUCAUGGAGAAGUACAUCCGCGACUGCCAGAAGCCCUUCGACGCUUCGGAGGAGAACAAGCCCUCGAUGAUAUCGAAGUGGCUGGAGAGCGCGGCCAAUUUCAAGCCGGACAAAAACACCUACGUGGAUUGGACGUUCAGCAAAUCGACGAAGAAGCGGAUCAAAAAGAGCGAGAAUUCGGCGCUGUUGCACGGCAGGGAGGAGCUGGACGCCGCCGAGGCGCUCACGACGCUCGCCAAUUCCAAGUUUAAGAUGUGA